AAGAAGUGGAAGUGGUAGGGAUGACAUAUAUGUAUCACAUUGGUACUUAUAUAAUGUCAUCGAUGGGUUUAUGAGGCGCUGUCCUCAAACAAAUGAAGAAACCAUCAACAACAUAUCACCAGCUUUACCAGCAGAAGACCAACCAGAAGAUGUUCAGCCUCUUUAUGCUGAGGCAGUAGAGUUUUCCUGUCCCAGUGACAGUGAAGUAUUUCUUCCUGGGCCUGCAUCAGCAUCAUCAGCAUCAUCAUCAUCAGCAUCAUCACAAUUACCAGUGGAAACUUCAGAGAGCAGCAUUUCACAUUUAAAACAUGGCAGAAAAAGUGAUCCACAAAUGGAAGAAUUAUUGGCAGUAUUUAGAAUGUCUGCUGAAGCCAUGCAGCAAGCAAAUGCUGCAAUACAAAAAAACAAAUCGCAUAUAAAACCGUUCUGCGAGUUUGUUGAAAGCAUGCUGGCCAAAAUGAGCAGCAAAAAUCAAAGAACGGCAAUGAAAAAAAUUCAGGACAUUCUUUUCGAGAUCGAUGCCGUGAAUGAUGAAGAGAAUCAGUAAAUUACAUAAUGAAUUCAAUAGAUCAAUGUAAUU